AUGAAAAGCAACCUGUACAAGAUGAUGAAGGAGAUGGUCAGCAGAAGCCUUGGUAAGGAUGGCCUCUUAUUGAUGAAUGAUGACAACUGUGUUGUAAUUGUUAUUGGAGGAAAAUGAUACCGCUCUAGUACAUUUCCACUUAUAUUAUAAUGGUCUCAUGUGAAGUUCAUCUUUAUAUCUACAAACAUUAAAGUAGUACAAUAUAUACUGUAUAUACAAGCAAUUUUUUUGUCCAUUAAAAUAACGUCAAAUUGUCAUUACAAAACUCAAAGGAUCCACCCUGCACUAGUUAGCUAAUAACACUAAUCUCAUUUCAUCUUUUAGAAGUAACAUUUAGUAUUGAUCAUGAGCCACUAUACAGUUCAGAAUGGCACCAGAUACAAUUAGAGAUUUAUAGUUACUGAAUACAAAACAAAUUGUUGUCAUUCAGAUCCCUUGACUAGACUUCUCUAUAUCUACUUUGUUGGCACAAAAAAAAAAUGUAUUUCAGUAAAGCAGUGUCAGUUUCAUUCUCAGUCACCUUCAGACAUUCUUUGUUAGUUUUGUUUUUAUCAUUGACUGAGGUACUGUAGCAUUCCAGUGAUUAACCCUAGUUGCUCUUUUUUAAUCUCCUUUAGAGUCUGAGACAGGACACAUUUGUGGACCCCACUGCCUGGGCCCCUUGACCUUCCAUAGGAAGGCGAUGGGGGCCUUGGUGAGCCUGAGCCAGGGGGCCAGAAGGGCAGACAGAACUGGGGUCACCUUCAGACACGGCCUGGUGUUCAGCAGCCGCCCGGUACAGCCCCGGGAGAGGGUUUGUCUGCGAGUGGAGUUGUGCGAGCUGACCUGGCAUGGAGCCAUGCGUGUGGGCUUCACCAAUGUGCCUCCUAUUGCCAGAGCCCUGCCCUCCCUGGCCAUCCCAUACCUCACAGACCUCCCUGGCCACUGGGCUGCUCCUGUGCCUGAGACUUGCUGCCUGCCAGGCUCAGAGCUGGAGUUCUGGGUCUCCUAUGGCGGUACAGUGUAUUUCAGUAAUGCUAACAGGCGACAACACAAACUGCUGAAGGGAGUGGACCUCAGCCGUCCCCUGUGGGCCAUGAUUGACGUGUAUGGGCAGACCUGCUCUGUGCUCUUACUGGGUAAGUUCAGAAAUCAAUGUAAAAUGUAUUAAUGAACAAUGCAGUCUGUCCUUCUAAUUUGAUUUCUUGGUUUGAAAUUAUGUCCAUCUGUCAGUGUCAGUGACUAACCAGAAAUAUGGUUGUUUCUUGUAGGGUCGGAGAAGAAAGAGUUUUUCGGGAAUCGAAAGUCCUGUCCUGCUCGUCAGAGACACACCUCACUCAAUAUUGACAACUAUGUGAAUGUGAGCCAGAUUUGUGAUGACAGACAUGACAGCUAUCUUCUUUCCCGUCCAGCCAAUAAGCAGACAUCAGGUAAGCAUCACAAUGAUACAAUAAACUCCUGCUAUCUUGUUUUGGAUAUUUUUAAUGAAAAAGGUACUUCAUUUGAGUGUAAUAACUUGAUAUUUAAUCUAAGGUAUUCUUUAAAAAAUGUUAUAAAUAUAUAUGUUUCUAUUGUCACAUGCUUGGCAAACCUACAAUUUUUACAUGCUAACAUUUUACACAUGUACUCUUGUGUAGCUUAACGUUUACAGAAACAUCUAAGCUACACUUGUUCAAGGACAUACAGUGGGGAAAAUUUUUAUUUAGUCAGCAACCAAUUGUGCAAAUUCUCCCACUUAAAAAGAUGAGAGAGGCCUGUAAUUUUCAUCAUAGGUACACGUCAACUAUGACAGACAAAUUGCGAUUUUUUUUCUCCAGAAAAUCACAUUGUAGGAUUUGUAAUGAAUUUAUUUGCAAAUUAUGGUGGAAAAUAAGAAUUUGGUCACCUACAAACAAGCAAGAUUUCUGGCUCUCACAGACCUGUAACUUCUUCUUUAAGAGGCUCCUCUGUCCUCCACUCGUUACCUGUAUUAAUGGCACCUGUUUGAACUUGUUAUCAGUAUAAAAGACACCUGUCCACAACCUCAAACAGUCACACUCCAAACUCCACUAUGGCCAAGACCAAAGAGCUGUCAAAGGACACCAGAAACAUAAUUGUAGACCUGCACCAGGCUGGGAAGACUGAAUCUGCAAUAGGUAAGCAGCUUGGUUUGAAGAAAUCAACUGUGGGAGCAAUUAUUAGGAAAUAGAAGACAUACAAGACCACUGAUAAUCUCCCUCGAUCUGGGGCUCCACGCAAGAUCUCACCCCGUGGGGUCAAAAUGAUCACAAGAACGGUGAGCAAAAAUCCCAGAACCACACAGUGAACACAGAAACACCUAGUGAAUGACCUGCAGAGAGCUGGGACCAAAGUAACAAAGCCUACAAUCAGUAACACACUACGCCGCCAGGGACUCAAAUCCUGCAGUGCAAGAAGUGUCCCCCUGCUUAAGCCAGUACAUGUCCAGGCCCGUCUGAAGUUUGCUAGAGUGCAUUUGGAUGAUCCAGAAGAGGAUUGGGAGAAUGUCAUAUGGUCAGAUGAAACCAAAAUAUAACUUUUUUAUAAAAACUCAACUCGUCGUGUUUGGAGGACAAAGAAUGCUGAGUUGCAUCCAAAGAACACCAUACCUACUGUGAAGCAUGGGGGUGGAAACAUCAUGCUUUGGGGCUGUUUUUCUGCAAAGGGACCAGGACGACUGAUCCGUGUAAAGGAAAGAAUGAAUGGGGCCAUGUAUCGUGAGAUUUUGAGUGAAAACCUCCUUCCAUCAGCAAGGGCAUUGAAGAUGAAACGUGGCUGGGUCUUUCAGCAUGACAAUGAUCCCAAACACACCGCCCGGGCAACGAAGGAGUGGCUUCGUAAGAAGCAUUUCAAGGUCCUGGAGUGGCCUAGCCAGUCUCCAGAUCUCAACCCCAUAGAAAAUCUUUGGAGGGAGUUGAAAGUCCGUGUUGCCCAGUAACAGCCCCAAAACAUCACUGCGUGGAGAUCUAGAGGAGAUUUGCAUGGAGGAAUGGGCCAAAAUACCAGCAACAGUGGUCAUAGUUGACGUGUACCUAUGAUGAAAAUUACAGGCCUCUCUCAUCUUUUUAAGUGGGAGAACUUGCACAAUUGGUGGCUGACUAAAUACUUUUUUUCCCCACUGUAGCUACAGUACGUUAGCCUCAUGUAGGGCUCGGGUGUCAAUUGGGUAUGGCAGUCGCCAUACAUUAGCUCUCAACACCAACAAUUUCAAUCCCCAUUAAAAGGCAAAUGCAGUUUAGUGGUAUUAAGGGGCUGGCUUUCGGACCAUGCGGAUGGUCACCAAAGCCCCAUAUACUACCCACCACUGUGACCUGUACGCUCUUGUUGGUUGGUCCUCACUACAUAUUCGUCGCCAAACCCACUGGCUCCAGGUCAUCUAUAAAUCACUGCUAGGCAAAUCCCUGCCUUAUCUUAGCUCAUUGGUCACCAUAGCAACACCCACCCGUAGUAUGCGCUCCAGCAGGUAUAUCUCACUGGUCAUCCCCAAAGCCAACACCUCCUUUGGCCGCCAUUCCUUCCAGUUCUCUGCUGCCAAUGACUGGAACAAACUGCAAAAAUCUCUGAAGCUGGAGACACUUAUCUCCCUCACUAUCUUUAAGCAUCAGUUGUCAGAGCAGCUUACCGAUCACUGCACCUGUACACAGCCCAUCUGUAAUUAGCCCACCCAACAACUCAUCCCCAUAUUGUUAUUUAUUGCUCAUUUGCACCCCAGUGUCUCUAUUUGCACAUCAUCUCUUGCACAUCCAUCAUUCCAUUGUUAAUACUAAAUUGUAAUUAUUUUGCACUAUGGCCUAUUUAUUGCCUUACCUCCAUAACUUGCUACAUUUGCACACACUGUAUAUAUAUUUUCUGUUGUAUUUUUGACUUUAUGUUUUGUUUACCCCAUAUGUAACUCUGUGUUGUUGUUUUUUAUCGCACUGCUUUGCUUUAUCUUGGCCAGGUCGCAGUUGUAAAUGAGAACUUGUUCUCAACUGGUUUACCUGGUUAAAUAAAGGUUAAAGAAAAAAAAAGAAAGAAAAAAAAAAAGAUGGGCGCGGUAGUAGAGAGCAUGUUUUAGGCCCAUGUGGACACCUCGGACCUGGCUGGUGAACUGCGCGACUUUUCUCUCAAAACAGUGCAGGGAUGGAAAGUGGCUGUAGAUGCUAGGUACAGUGGGGGAAAAAAGUAUUUAGUCAGCCACCAAUUGUGCAAGUUCUCCCACUUAAAAAGAUGAGAGAGGCUUGUAGUUUUCAUCAUAGGUACACGUCAACUAUGACAGACAAAAUGAGAAAAAUAAAUCCAGAAAAUCACAUUGUAUGAUUUUUAAUGAAUUUAUUCGCAAAUUAUGGUGGAAAAUAAGUAUUUGGUCAAUAACAAAAGUUUCUCAAUACUUUGUUAUAUACCCUUUGUUGGCAAUGACACAGGUCAAACGUUUUCUGUAAGUCUUCACAAGGUUUUCACACACUGUUGCUGGUAUUUUGGCCCAUUCCUCCAUGCAGAUCUCCUCUAGAGCAGUGAUGUUUUGGGGCUGCCGCUGGGCAACACAGACUUUCAACUCCCUCCAAAGGUUUUCUAUGGGGUUGAGAUCUGGAGACUGGCUAGGCCACUCCAGGACCUUGAAAUGCUUCUUACGAAGCCACUCCUUCGUUGCCCGGGCGGUGUGUUUGGGAUCAUUGUCAUGCUGAAAGACCCAGCCACGUUUCAUCUUCAAUGCCCGUUGCUGAUGGAAGGAGGUUUUCACUCAAAAUCUCACGAUACAUGGCCCCAUUCAUUCUUUCCUUUACACGGAUCAGUCGUCCUCGUCCCUUUGCAGAAAAACAGCCCCAAAGCAUGAUGUUUCCACCCCCAUGCUUCACAGUAGGUAUGGUGUUCUUUGGAUGCAACUCAGCAUUCUUUGUCCUCCAAACACGACGAGUUGAGUUUUUACCAAAAGUUAUAUUUUGGUUUCAUCUGACCAUAUGACAUUCUCCCAAUCCUCUUCUGGAUCAUUCAAAUGCACUCUAGCAAACUUCAGACGGGCCUGGACAUGUACUGGCUUAAGCAGGGGGACACGUCUGGCACUGCAGGAUUUGAGUCCCUGGCGGCGUAGUGUGUUACUGAUGGUAGGCUUUGUUACUUUGGUCCCAGCUCUCUGCAGGUCAUUUACUAGGACCCCGCGUGUGGUUCUGGGAUUUUUGCUCACCGUUCUUGUGAUCAUUUUGACCCCACGGGGUGAGAUCUUGCGUGGAGCCCCAGAUCGAGGGAGAUUAUCAGUGGUCUUGUAUGUCUUCUAUUUCCUAAUAAUUGCUCCCACAGUUGAUUUCUUCAAACCAAGCUGCUUACCUAUUGCAGAUUCAGUCUUCCCAGCCUGGUGCAGGUCUACAAUUAUGUUUCUGGUGUCCUUUGACAGCUCUUUGGUCUUGGCCAUAGUGGAGUUUGGAGUGUGACUGUUUGAGGUUGUGGACAGGUGUCUUUUAUACUGAUAACAAGUUCAAACAGGUGCCAUUAAUACAGGUAACGAGUGGAGGACAGAGGAGCCUCUUAAAGAAGAAGUUACAGGUCUGUGAGAGCCAGAAAUCUUGCUUGUUUGUAGGUGACCAAAUUCUUAUUUUCCACCAUAAUUUGCAAAUAAAUUCAUUAAAAAUCCUACAAUGUGAUUUUCUGGAGAAAAAAAAUCGCAAUUUGUCUGUCAUAGUUGACGUGUACCUAUGAUGGAAAUUACAGGCCUCGCUCAUAUUUUUAAGUGGGAGAACUUGCACAAUUGGUGGCUGACUAAAUACUUUUUUUCCCCCACUGUAACUGCUGUUUGACUUGACAUGAACUAAACAAGUUUUUAAUCCCGGUGCUGAGCUAGGGUGUAGCAGCUAAUUGCUGUAUGACAUGUGUUGAGGUGAAUUAAGCUACAGCAGCUAAGGUGAUAAUGGGUGGAGUCAAUUUAGCUAGUUUUUGCUGUUCUCCAAAUAGUAUUUUAGAGUUUUAAAAUUGUGUAGAAAUGCAGUAAAUGAGCUUUAACUAUAAAAAAAAUAUAUUAAAAAAACAUAACUUUGCCAUACUCUAGGUUUAGCAGAAAUGACGACCGGAUCAACCUUAUGGACACCAAAACACUAACCACCGUAACUUCAUAGUGAUGCUGAGCCAAGUCCCACUUGACCUUAUAGGUCAUGUAAUUGAGCGUAUCUCAUUGAUUGCAGACUCUGAGAGCGUGGAGUACUGUGCGGUGUGUAUGAGCCAGGAGGCCUGUAUCAGCCUGCAGUGUGGCCACCAGUGCCUGUGUCUCCAGUGUGCCAACAGAGUGAUCCAAGAGUUUGGAACCUGCCCUCUGUGUCGCCAGAACAUCAAGAGCUUCCUGCAAACUAAACGCCCCAGUAGGGCUGACCGCAAUUAG